CUUUGGUUGGUGAAUUUAAAUAUGCGUGUGGUAUAGCAGAGUACACACUGCGCUUUACUUUGAAAGCAACUGUCUGUCAAACCUAGGUGAUCCGCCGAUCCCGCUGCAAAAAUGACGUAUACGAAGGCCAAGGGCCCGUAACCUUACUGCCCGCAUGCGACCAUGCUACACUUUUCCUGGACCCUUUCUCUCAUGGCAUUCCCUAGCUGAUUGGCUCCUAGCUAAGGGGCAGGAAUGCUAUAAACAAUAAAGAGCGGUUAAGCGCGAUGCUGCCACAAGCAGAUUUCGGUAUAUAAAAGCCUUGUUAGAACCGAAUGGCCAGAUGCUUUGGAAGAUACAGCCUGGCGCUGACUGUAUCUUCAAUAGUUGCGUGCGCACUCGUUGUCCUACCGUUAGUCAAUGCUAGGUCAACAACUUCGAGGACAUUAGCUCAAGUCCAGGGCUGUCGUCCUAAUGAAGUAUCAAAGGAGGAGCGCUGCGCGUAUGUGCGCGAACAUGCUGACUGCAUGCCAGACGACGGGUGGAUUCCAUACCUGGAGGUCCACUACUGCUACUUGGACCAGCUGGAGCUGGCAUCGACAGCUGUCUUCUUGCUGUGGAUUGGCGCCCUCUUUGGCCUUAUGCUUAUGGUCGCGGAACGCUUCUUCUGCCCGAGCCUCGAGCUCAUCGCCGAGUACUUGCGGCUUCCGCCCUGCGUGGCUGGAGCGACAUUGCUAAGCUUCGGCAACGGCGCGCCGGACGUGUUCACGCAGCUAGCUGCGAUCAGCUCGGGCGACGACACGGGCGGCAGCAGCCCGGGCGCCAUCUCCAUGGCUCUGAGCGAGCCGCUGGGCAGUGGACUGUUCGUGGGCAAUGUGGUGUUCGCACUGGUGCUGUUCUGCUCGGGGGCGAGGGAGGUUCGGGUGCAGCGGCGCUACUUCCUGAAGGACUGCCUCUUCUACCUGGCGGGGGUGGUGGGGGUGCUGGGCUGCCUGAUGCGGGGGGUGGUCACCGUGUGGCAGGUGGCCGCGCUGGCUGCUCUCUACCUUGUCUUCAUGCUCACCACCGUGCUCAUGUCGCGGGGCGACGAGCCGGUGCGUGCCGACCCGCGGCUGCACGAGGUGCCGCACCGGCUGAGGCAGCUGGACAGCUACCUGAGGGAGAGCUUUCGACGAGUGGACCCCCCCUCACUCCUGCUCCUCCCCACGGAGGAGGAGGAGGAGGAGGCGGACUUUGAGAGCGGCCUAGCGCCGCCAGACCUCGUGACGGUCAUGGGGUGGCCCCUCCCUGCUGCUGCUGCUGCUGCUGCUGCUGCUCACGAAGCUAACGCCGCCGCUAACAACAGCAAUAACAACAGCGACAGCGAGAAGAACACCAGAACCAGUUUGAACGACGGCGGUUAUCAUCACCGCGACAACAGCUGCAGCAACAACAGCUGCAGCAGCACUCUGACUGUGUUGCCGGACCCGCUACAGUCGCUGCGGGAGGAGGAGCAGGAGGGCGACGAGGUGCUGUUGUUGGGACUACCGCCGGCGGGUGAGGCAGAGGCAGGGGCAGGGGCAGGAGCCGUAGAAGCAAUGCGGUGCAGCUGCGUUGAGGAGGGCACGGCGGAGGAGGGGAAGGAGAGGGCGUGGGAUGGCAAGCAGCCCUCCCCUCCUCCUCAUCCUCCUCCGCAGCAGCAGCAGCAACAGCUCCCGGCAUCCCUCAGUGGCGUGAAGCUCCAAGCCCCGGACCCACGCCCCACCAUCAACGCCACCUCCGCAACUCCGCCCCCCGCGUCAACCCAAGCAGCAGCCACCCACACGCCUGCCGCACCCCCACCAGCAACCCAGGUUGCAGUAGUACGGGUGCCGGCAGCAGCAGUGUCGGCGACAACCCAAGCAGCACCAGCAACAGCAACAGCAGCAGCGUUAGCGACUCCGACAACAACAACAACAACAGCAGCGGCGCCGCCGCCGGCCGUGGCAGCGGCGGCCCGCUUACCGGUACUGCAGGAGGCGGUUGGGGCGGCGGUUGGGGCGGUUGAAGCGAGUCCCACGAAUCCCGAUUCCGUCUCUCCUCACCGCAUCAGGACUGCAACAGUCACAGCAGAAGCAGCAGCAGGAGCGGCCCCACAGCCAUUCAGGACGGCCACCGCUCCCUGGGACCAAGAGGCGGGAGAAGAGGAGGAGGAGGAGGUGGAUGAAGAGGAGGGAGGCGGGUUUGGCCGCAGGGGCAGCCAGUUGCGGGCGCCGUUGCUGCUGCCCCCGCUGCCGUCUCGGGAGGACAGUGGUCGCCCGCCGGGCGGGUUGCAGCUGCUGUGGCGACGGCUGGAGCGGCCGGGACUGGCGCUGCUGUCGGUCUUCAUGCCCCGAGUUGCCCGGGACGUCCACGCGCGCUACCGCAAGGCCUACGCGGUGCUGCUGCCGCCGCUGCUGCCCACCCUGCUGGCCAUGGCGCUGCAGGGGGGCUGUGGCCUCUCCGGCGGAGGGGCCUGUUGGGCGGGGCUGGUGGCGCAGCCGGGGUGGCAGGUGGGCACCGCUGUGGGGGUGGUGGUGGCGGGCUGCGUGGCGAGGUGGUACCCGCGCAAGGGGCACCUGCAUGGCACUGCGGCAGGCAUCGCCACCGUGGUAGUGUUCCUGCAGUCCAUGGUCCUGCUGAACGGCUCGGCGGGUGAGCUGGUCCGCGCCGCCCUGGCGCUGGGCCAGAUCUACGGCCUGAGUCCCAGCCUGCUGGGGGCGAGUCUGCUGGCCUGGGGAAACAGCGUGAGCGACCUGGUGUCGAAUACCACACUGGCACGGGACGGCCUGCCCUGCAUGGCCAUCACCGCCUGCUUCGCCAGCCCGCUGUUCGUGCUGCUGGCAGGUCUGGUGACCUCCCUGACCUACGCCACCCGGCACGGCGACAUGGCCCUCCCACACGACCUGGCUCUGCGUGUGUUGUACGGCCUCUCAGCUGCCAUCCUGCUGAUGUGGGCGCUUGUCGUACCGCUGGUCUUCCGCUUCCGACUGACGAAGCGGGUUGGGUUCCUGGCGCUGGCAGUGUAUGCGGUUUAUCAGUGUGUGUAUAUAGCGGCGGUGCUGCAUGACAGCAGCGGCAGCAGCAGGGGGCGGGCGGAGUAGGACGCACGGAGUACUGUGGAGGCGAAUGCUUGCGGCGAAUGGAGUAUUCACUUCAGGGUUUCCGUACUUUUGACGAGAUUCUUUUUCCUUACUUGGCGGGUUCUCUUUCCUUGCGUCGCGAAAAGGAAAGGAAAGAGGUGCUUAGGAUGAGGCGCAUGCAAAAAUGUAACCUUCAAGCUUAUGGCGUGUGUAGUUAAUGGAAUGGGCCGCGUAAUUGACUAAUGACCAUUCUGUAGAUUUUCAAUGCAUUCGACAGAGAAGAGAAAUUCAUGGGCGGCCUGUGUGGCGUGUGUGUGUGUGUGUAUGUGUGAGGCACUGACGUGACCCAGAAACGCCGCGACGGCGGGCCUUUUCGAGCCUCUACCCUUUCCUGUACAGCAAUGCCGACGAGGCAUUCUACAUCUUUUCUCUUUUUUACCCGCCAAGAUGUAUAGACUUUAACCGUUUUAACCUUUGGAAAGGUCUGGAGGCGUUGACGCCUGUGUGAGUAGACCAUGAUGCGGGAACAUGUCAACAUCAUCUGCCGUACGAAUGCUGUAUGUACGUACUACAGAAGUGUUGGCGCAUGGGUGCGAUGUCCGAAAUGCGUCCGACAAUUCACCCAUUUGGCAAUGAUGUACACGUCGAGCUUUGUGUAGUACAUGUCCUGGAUACCCCAUCGUGAAGGGUCUAGGCAAGACGCAUCUCCAAAUACCGGUAGGUCCCGUUUAACGGUGUUCAUCCUUUUGUCGAGGCUUGUACCGGUAUCACAGCCUCGCCUUCUAGCGCAGCUGGCUUCGAACGUAGCUGGUCGCAUACCAGUAUCCCAUCUAGGAGACAAUGCGUGUUGUAUGGGGCUGAAGGUGUUGAGGUCGUUUCUAUGCGUGAGGAGCGCGGAGGGCUUUGACCUGCCUGGUGGUUGGGGCCUGCCAGCCGGACAGGUUGUUUCCCCCAACUUUAGUGACUUUUUACAACAUGAUCGGAAACCGCUACCGCUGCACUAAGCCGUUCACUAGGAGGAACAACCCUGUGCAGAAGGUCACAGGGCACUUGGCAACCGGGGACCAUGUGCCAUUGGCACGACCCGAGGCGCCAGGUUCAGCGUCCACAUCUAUGUUAACGGUUACAGUCUGUACGAGUGUACGGGCUGUCCGUACGAGCCAGGAGGGCCAAGAACACCUAUGUGUACCGGUACGACAGCUGUCCCAUGUGUGCGCGGGAAGUGGACUUUGCGCUUGCAGUUGGAUCCCUUUGACGGAAGAAGCCAUACGGGCUUGCGCUGCAAGUAUUUACUAGCCGGUGAAACUUCAGUCGGG